AAGAGUAAACAAAAAGUUUCCGGGUCUCUGAGGUCUCAACCCAGUAUCAGCAUAGAAUGCAGAUGAGCAAAGUGAGUGGGCGAGUGAAAUCAUUUGAACAAAACCCAAUUAUUUACAGAUGAGAAAUUUAUAUUGUCAGCAUAAUAUCUGCGAGGCUGAACAGCCUGGAGCAUAUAUAAAAGAAGAGCGCCCCGGUGCAGAAGGGCAGAGCUUGGGCACAGAACACACCCAAAGUUCCCACGUGGGCUCCCUGUAUCUGCACCUGCUCUCAGCUCAGUCUCACAAGGUAGAGAAAAAAAAUGAAGAGCGUGUACAUUGUGGCUGGAUUGUUGAUGAUGGUGGUACAAGGCAGCUGGCAGCAUCCCCUUCAAGACACGGAGGAGAAACCCAGAUCGUUCCCAGCUCCCCAGACAGAACCACGCGAGGACCCGGAUCAGAUAAAUGAAGACAAACGCCACUCACAGGGCACAUUCACCAGUGACUACAGCAAAUACCUGGACUCCCGCCGUGCCCAAGAUUUUGUGCAGUGGUUGAUGAACACCAAGAGGAACAGGAACAACAUUGCCAAACGCCAUGAUGAAUUUGAGAGGCAUGCUGAAGGGACCUUUACCAGUGAUGUCAGUUCUUACUUGGAGGGCCAGGCGGCAAAGGAAUUCAUUGCUUGGCUAGUGAAAGGCCGAGGAAGGCGAGACUUCCCAGAAGAAGUUGUCAUUGCUGAAGAACUCGGCCGCAGACAUGCUGACGGCUCCUUCUCUGAUGAGAUGAAUACGAUUCUUGAUAAUCUUGCCACCAGGGACUUCAUCAACUGGCUGAUUCAAACCAAAAUCACUGACAAGUAA